CGACAACACUUUACAACCACCUCGACAAUCUACGCCAAGGAAAAUAAUCCAAGAUGGCUUCCAACCAGUCUGUUCAGUGUUUUGGAAAGAAGAAGACCGCCACCGCAGUUGCCCACUGCAAGGCCGGAAAGGGACUUGUUAAGGUCAACGGAAAGCCUUUGAACUUGGUUCAACCAGAGGUCUUGAGAUUCAAGGUCUACGAGCCCCUCUUGAUCGUCGGUCUCGACAGAUUCGCCGGUGUUGACAUCCGUGUCCGUGUUACCGGUGGUGGUCAAACCUCCCAAAUCUAUGCUAUCCGUCAAGCUAUCUCCAAGGCCAUCGUUGCCUACUACCAAAAGUUCGUCGAUGAGCACUCAAAGAACCAAUUGAAGCAAGCCCUCGUUACCUACGACAGAACCCUCUUGGUCGCCGAUAACAGACGUUGCGAGCCAAAGAAGUUCGGAGGUCCCGGUGCCAGAGCCAGAUACCAAAAAUCUUACCGUUAAAUUUGUGGUUUUAUGGGGUUGGAUUUGGGGGAGUGGUCAUGCUGCAUUUGCAUUGGGCUGGCUUUUUACGCCGGUUUAUAGAAUUUUAAGCAAGUAAAUGCAAGAUUCUUCCGAAAUGUUCAUAAUAUGAGGAGCAUAUGGCAAUGGAAAUGUUGAACAAUGCUACGACAACGUG